GGGCCUGGGUGAAAAUUUAACUUUACUGCCUUUAUUCAGUUUAUCUUGUGCUUGUGAUUGUUAAUUGUUGGUUAAUUCAUACACAGAGAGUGGGAGAAAUAGGGCGGGCAGUAGUGACCUACAGCUCAGUUUUGCCCUGAGCCCCACAUAUCAUUUAAUGUACACCGGCUUUUCACUGAUGUAAUUUUGCUUCUUUUAUGGUACUCCAGUGGGAUGAGAUUUCGCUGAGAAUUGGUACAGAGAGUCCAGUGCCUGUGCUCCAAGCUUGUAAAGGAGGAAGAAGAAGAAGAACCAUUUUGAGUCAGUGGAUGGAGCGUAAAGAAGCCCGCUAUCUGCUGAUGGAUAUUGCAUUUGCCCAGGAGGAGGAGUCAUCUGGUCAGCUCAGCCCACUACAAGCUCACCUUUUUGACACAGACACACCCAUCACAAGAUUUCAGAAUAGACAGAUAGUUCUGGACCUCCAGACCUCCAAGCCAUUUCCUGUAACAGCCAAUUUAAGUCAAAUAUUCAGCUACCUGAACCGCAGCCUGGCUCUAAGCCUAGGCUCAGUCAGUCGCAGAGGCUUCCAGCUCGCCUUCUCCUACUCAGAAACAUGUGCCUUCAUAACAUCCAUCAGAUUGUAUUACAGGAGGUGCCCUGCCAUUGUGGCUCAUCUGGCCUCAUUUGCAAAGACUGGGGCUGGGUCCGGGCCUCUGAUUGGUUCCUGUGUGAAGGGAGCUGUGGAGGUUUCUCCACCUGUUACAGAGUGUGGGUUGGAUGGAGUGUGGAGUCCAGUGCAGGGGGGAUGUGCGUGUGAACCUGGGCAUCAGGUCAUGGAUGACACCUGUCAAGCAUGUCAGGUCGGCUACUACAAACCAGCCAAUGAGAGUGGAGGAUGCCAGCUGUGCCCAGCAAAUACCAGGACACCUGGGGAAGGGUCAGAGAGGUGUGACUGUCUACAGGGAUUUAGCCGCCUGCCAACUGAUCCCACUGACCUCGGCUGCACCAAGCCGCCCUCUGCCCCUGUGAAUCUAACAGCCCAUCAUAAUGAUUCAGUGCUGACAGUGAUGUGGGAUCCUCCUCUUGACAAGGGAGGCAGACGGGAAGUGUUUUAUAAUAUUAAGUGUGAAAAAGAAACAGAGACUCGCAAUCAGUGGGAGCCAUGUGGGGAUGAUGUGAGUUUCCUGCCUGACUCAUCAGGGCUGAUCAGCACAUCAGUGAGCAUCAUGGGACUAAACCCACAGCAGAACUAUAAACUGUCACUGCAAGCCCUGAAUAACAUAUCCAGCCUACAGGAGGUGCCACUUUCAUCCACUGCCACUAUUACUAUUCAUAGAUGGAAGGGUCCUCCUGUGGUGAUCACUGUGAUUCCAGACUUAAACAUAUCUGAGGAUAAAAUAAAAACAUCUCCUAAGCACUCGAGUUUCUUCCCCAUAUGGGUGACAGUUUGUAUUUUAAUUGGCAGCCUCCUACUCAUAGCUGUAAUCACCCCUGCUGUAUGUUUCCUGCACCGAAACUACACUAAACUCAGGUCUGACCAAGAGGUUGAGCUUUUGCCAUUAAAUGUUGAAUCCACCUACCGGCGCCCAACGGCGGUGGAGGCUGCACCCCAGCAGAGUAGCAUGAUGGAGGGGGUGGCCCAGCUGUUGGAGGGUCUCAGUAGUGGGCUGCAGGCAAGUCUGAAGGAGGUACUGGUAGAGAGAAACAAGUUGACCCUUGGUAAAGAGCUUGGCAAAGGAGAGUUUGGCUCCGUGUAUGAAGGGAUAUUUACUCCAGAGGAAGGUGCGGACAUCAGGGUGGCUGUCAAGACCAUGAGAGUUGGAAUCCAUAGCCAGGAAGACUUGCAUGAGUUUUUGAAAGAGGCAGAGAUCAUGAAGAACUUUGACCAUGAAAAUGUGGUCCAACUACUCGGGGUCACAUUACAGAGGGAGCAUGAUUCUCCUCUGCCUCUACCCAUGGUCAUCCUGCCUUACAUGAAACAUGGUGACCUGCGCCGCUUCCUCAUUGCUACACGCUAUGGUGAUAUUCCCAUGUUUGUGCCCCAUCAGAGUCUCCUGCGCUUCAUGAUUGACAUUGCUGCAGGGAUGGACUAUCUGAGCUCACAAGGCUUUUUGCACAGGGACUUGGCUGCACGCAACUGCAUGUUGGGUGAUGACCUUAGGGUGUCUGUGGCUGACUUUGGCCUGUCCAAGAAAAUCUACAGCAGCAAUUAUUAUCGUCAGAAAGUAGCUAUCCGUGUGCCAAUCAAGUGGAUGGCCAUAGAAAGCCUGUCUGAAUCUGUCUACACCACCAAAAGUGAUGUGUGGUCAUUCGGGGUGACUAUGUGGGAGAUUGUGUCCCGGGGUAGGACCCCUUAUCCUGGAGUCCAUAACCACGAGCUGCUGGAUCUGCUCCUAUCUGGACACAGGCUCAAACCACCUGAGGACUGUGACCAGAAACUUUAUGAAGUCAUGCAGAGCUGCUGGGAUAAGGAGUCGAACCGGAGGCCUGGCUUCAGGGAACUGGGUGAGGCACUGAAAGGUCUUCUGUCAGAGCUGCCAGUCCUGGAGGCCAGCCAGGAGGCCAGUUACAUCAACCAGGGCCUGGAGCUCGCUGCUGCAGCUGGCUGUCUGGAGUCACAGACAGAUUCUAGGGGAAGAUGGGAAAAUGUCUACCAGCCUACUCCUGUGGGUGCUGCUGCAGCAGCCAGAGAUGAGGAUGUGGAAGUAGAGGAUGGCUACCUUAAGUAUAUUACUAGCACAGCGGCCAAUGAGGAUUAUAAUCACUAAAAAAGUGAUAGAAACAAAAACAUUUUAAUGCACUUUUAAAACAUUUCAUUGUUUCUUUUUGUUGUUGUUGUUUUGUAUAUCUUUUCAAGAAAACAAUCUGUGACAUAAAAAUGGACCCAUGUAUUUUUGUCAGAAAAAAACAUAAAAAGGCAAAAUAUCAAUACUAAGUGAAAAUUAUAAUGGACUACAUCAAAAAUAUGAGAUUAGUCAAAAUUAUGAUAUAAUAAAUCAACAUUUUGACUUAUAAAGUUAAAAUUUGGGUCAAAAUUAAUAAUUAAUAUGAUUGCUGACUUUUAAAUUUAAAUGAGGAGUAGACAAAAUUUUGUUUCUGGCAUCAAUAUAAUUGGCAAUGAUCAAGUUUCACAGUAGAUAGUUCAACAAGACCUGUGUUAUCUUCAGAGACCUCCUGGAGUGCACCUGGAAUUGAAUGUCUUUGUGCUUUCCUGCAUCUCAAUCACUAAAAGAGCUGUACCUUCCAAAUAUUUAAGAUUAUUAAAAAGAUUUUCUUUCAUAAAUUUGUAAGAUGAAUAAUGGUUAUAAUUCCAAUUGAUUUUUCUUGUUUGGCAAACAGUUAUUCUCUAAUAUUAUCUACAAAUAAAAUGUUUUCUCACUGGAUGAGUUAUGUGCCAUAAUAUUUAAUAAAUCCCUCUUAGUAUCACAGUAUCAUUUAAGCAUCACAUGUUUUGGUCCACCCAGGUCAAUAAGUCAUUUAAAAAAAAACUUUUGGCUUGUAUCUUGCUAAUUAAGACUUAAUAUUUCAUAAAUGUAAUGUUACUACCAACUGUGUGCAACGUAAUUUUGACCUACAAGCACUUUAAAAAAAAAAAUCACUCAACAUUUAUUUAGCCUGUCUUCCACAGAUGUGCACAGACAUAUAGUUGGACUCUUGCAUUUCUAGUGACUUACAGUUUUAGAGUAUUGUGGAAUAAUAACUCAAAUUGUAUUAAAUAAAUAUUUGUUGCAGAGUGAGAUUUGACAGUACUUAUUGUGUGGUAUUAAAUAUAUCCAAGCAUUUGUAUAUUGAGUUAACCUUUGUUUAUAUGAUUACAGUAAUAUUUUCCAUAUCAUCUAAUGUUAACAUUUUACUUGACUGAACAUUUUUAUGAGUAUGUGCUUUUGGAUUGAAUGUGUCCUUUUAGAUUAAAAGACCGUUUCCCCAUAUUUAUGUUUCCUGUUGUCUUAAUCCGAACCUAAUAUUCAUCCUAAGUCUUUCAUGCUUAAUCUGACCCCGGCCUUACAUUAAUUCUAACGUCUG